CCUCACUGCUACCCAACCUGUCCACUUGAGCUCACUUUUUCUUUCAUUGUCAAAUGGUUCGUCCAUCCUGUCCUUUCUUGAUCCAAUAUAUCGCGCGCACCGUAGCGCCCGUCUGCAUUCCGUAAACCUAAGCAACUCUACCUGCCGUCGUUACUGGUCUAAAAGACGUUUUUAUUGCAAGCAUUGACUCGAUACGACUGAAAUAUAUGCAUCCAUCAGCAAGCUAGAGUCCUUCCAGCUACUAAGUAUACCUCACAACCGAGCACAAGUCAAGUCUCGGUAAGAGACGAACGCGCCAGCUGCCCACAGCAGCUUUUUUUUCUUCUUCUUCUUUCCUGAAAUCAUGUCGAAACUCUUCAUCGGCGGCCUUGCCUGGCACACGGAAGAAGGUACUCUGCGACAGAAGUUUGAGGAGUAUGGCGUUGUAGAAGAGGCUGUUGUCGUCAAAGACAGAGAUACAGGUCGCAGUCGAGGAUUUGGCUUCGUGCGAUAUACCAACGAAGAUGAUGCCCAAAAAGCCAUCACAGCCAUGAACAACGUCGAGUUUGACGGACGGACGAUACGUGUCGACAAGGCCUCCGACACCGGCCCAAGGGGUGGCGGUGGUGGUUUCCGAGGCGGCUACGGCGGCAGGGGUGGCUAUGCAUCCGCGCAGAUGCCGCCGAUGCCGUACGGUAUGCACCCCCAACAACAGUACGGCGCUCCUCAGAUGUAUCCCCAGCCUUAUGGCCGCGGAGGUUACCCGCAGCAGAUGCCAGGGUACGGAGCUCCACCAGCACAGACUUGGCAAGCCGCAGCUGGCCACCCUGGAUAUUACCCUGACCCGUCGGGUCAAGUACCACCCCAACAACAGAUGCCCCCGCAAAACCCCCAGGGCGGGCCCUAUUGA